AUGUCCCACCACUACCAGCUGCCCGGGGGGUACCGCCCGCCCCACGGCGACUGCUUUUCUGCCUCGAACGACCCCCAGCAACAUCCACCCCAGACCUACCCCCCCGCCCACCACCCGCUCCCCUCGCCCAUCAACAUCCACCCCCCCUCCGAAUGGCAGUCCGAAGCCCCCAAGACAUCGCGCAAGCCCCCCCGCGCCCCUUCGGCCGCCGCUACAAAGACGACGAGACAGCAGUUUACCGCCUGUUCUGCCUGCCGCCAUAGGCGGGUAAAAUGCGACCUGAAAGACAAGGCGGUGGAGGCUGAAAAGGCGGAAAACGACAGGGAAGGGCUGGGGCCGCAUAGGGGCAAGGCCAAGGUGGUGCAGUGUUCAAAUUGUGUAGAGCGGGGGCUCAAAUGCAUCGACGAGUUUGCGCCCAUGAAGGCUGCAAAGCUACUGCGAAGAGGCAAGCGGGUAGCCGAAAUUGAAGUCUUGUACGGCGCCAACGCCCCCGCUGCUCAAGAAGAUCCUACCUCGCCCAGCAAGGCCACCUCCUCCCUCAUCCCGACUCGCCCAAUGGCGCACCCUUCCCUUCCCGAACUCUCGCACGCAUUCUUCGAGUCGUCCUUCUUUCGCCGUUUUCAGGUCCAGCGUCCGGUGAUAGACCCUGGCAACUUUGUUAAGCGAUACCGCUCCCAAGCCUGCCCCACGGCUGCAGCUAUGGGCACAGAGGGAGCCAUACUCUGCCACGUCCUCUACGCCUGGGCAGUCUCUUACGGCGUGGACGAACAUGGCAACAUGGACCAGCCUGAUGGCGGGGGGCAGCCUCUCGACACGAUCAAUCUUGAUCAACCAACAGAGGUCGAGCUCGAGAGAGAGAAGCAUAGAGCGAGAAGAAGAGCAAAGAUGAAGGAUGUGACAGAGAUCAUCUUGAAGGAGAUUGACGAAGCCGGGCUCUUGCGAAAACCUACAUGGGACGGGGUGCGGGUACUGCUGUUGAUUCUGCCAUUAACGGAUGGCAUAUCGUCGCCAGUGGAGAGAAUGACAAUGUACGGAGCGGCCCUAUCGCAAGUCUACACGCUCUGCUCCCAUACGGCGCACAACUAUGACGGUCAGCCAUCUGCCACGGCUUUUGUCAACGGCGGCGUUGCCGACGACCUCGAAAUGACUACAGUCCGCGUAAGGGUCUACUGGUACUCGUUCGUCCACGAAGGUAUCACCACGGGCCUCAAAGGCGGCCGACUGACGCUGGACGAUGACGAUCUCGAGACGAUGCAAGACAUGGUCGAAAACAGCGCUCUCGUCAGGGAUUCUGGGGCAUUCAAGAUUUCUUCCAAGUUUGCGACAGCACCCAUCAGUUUGGCACUCGCUUGCAGAAAGAUCAACAAGGCUCUGACAGGGACGGCGGCGAGGCGACGAACAGACGUCAAUGGCGAUCUGCUCAAACAAGCUUGGGAGGCACUGGAAAGAUCGUGGGAAGAGUUUGACCAGUUGCUGGCGUCCGGGGGUGGGGAAUACAUGUUGAGUGAUGAAGUCACAAGAUUCGCGGAUGGCUGGAAGAUCUUUUUGUUUGAGGCUCAAAAUGUCAUCUACAACAAUCUUGAAGACCGCCGUCAAAGACUCUCCGAUCCCGCCGCCACCCUCACCGCUCGGAUCUCCUCCCCUUCAUCCCCGUCCUCCUCUUCUCCCCCGGAAAUCAUCCAUGCUGCCCGCACUACCAACAUCACACAUCUCCUCGAUAUUGCCCGCUCCAAAUGCGAAAUGAAGACUCGCCAAAUCCUGGUCUUGGUGCGAAAGUAUGUGGGGACAACAUUCUUUGAGUGGGAUGCGAGCCUGGUCAGGGAUGGGGCUUAUUAUGCGGCUUUGUGGGUGGCGAGGGGCAUGGGGACCGGGGAGGAUGUAAGGGUUUGUUUAAGGGCUCUCAAUGAAUUGCGAUGGGCGCACGCAAAAGCUGUCGAGAGGUCUGCCGAUCUGCGCAAACUCUGGCAUGAACACGCCUCGUCCCCAGCCUCCCAGGACGACAAGGUAUGGGAUAACAUUCUCAGCAACCUCGAGUCUCUCGGCAGACCUGAUCAUGUCCGGGCUCCGGAGCAGCCUCACGAGGGUCACAGUUCGUCCGGGGGGAGCGGGCAGACAAGUAACUCAAACUCGAGCUCUCGGGUACCCCAACUGGUCCCAUACAACCUUCAACAGAGUUCGUACGAAUUGCAGCAGGGCCAAUCGAAUCAGUUCGCUCCGCACGACUCGCGGCCUCCCCUGCCCCAGAGGCAAUCGUAUACUCACACCCCAUACCCAGCCGAGAUCAGCCACCCUCAAUUCCGUCCCAAUGUCCCUUCGUCCUCUAGCUCCCCAUUCACCUCACCGCUCAUCAUCUCUCCUUACGAGCCUUCCGUCCAGAUGCACGGCGCGGGCAUGCUGGCCUCGGUCUACUCUCAGUCUGAGCAGGAGAGCUAUGAGCAUGUGGCGCAAUACCAGCAGGUGCAUACGGGAGCCAUGACGUUUGAAGAGAUGGCGCAGCCUGGGCAUUAUGGGGGCCAUCAGUAUGAGGCGUUCAAUGAGAGGGGUGGUGCGGGCUAUGGCGAAUACAAGGAGCCCUACAAUAGGCAAUCUUUCCAACCACAAUUUCAUCAACAUCAACAAUCAUCCCAAGGCUACGCUAGCUUGCAUGUGCAGCAAGGCAUGCCUGCGCCUGAUCACCACCAGCAGUAUCAGGAGCAAAGUCACUCGCUGUUCCAUGAGAGUGGCAUGCAGGGGCUGGGCGUACAAGGACAAUUCAUCAUUCAGCCGGACGGUAGCCAUGUGUAUAAUCCGUACCUCCAUAACAAUCAGCAUCGGUAG